CAAACCGAUCACAUGUUACACUGUCACCUGAUUGCUGAAGUUACCCAUAUAGCAGCUUGGAUAAAUGUGCAGCUUUUCCACUUUCUCAAAUUAGUUUACAAAUAUUUUAUUCGGUAUUAUGGAGGCAACUCUAGAGCAACACCUCGACGACACAAUGAAAAAUCCUGCUAUCGUUGGGGUUUUGUGUACGGAUGCCCAGGGUCACAAUCUUGGAUGCCGUGGCUCCCUGUCUGAUGAGCAUGGAGGAGUUGUGUCUGUUUUGGCUAAACAGGCUGCCUCUUUAACUAAAGACCUAACGGACUCCCCUACUGUGUGUCUUGAGUCUGACUCUGGGAAUGUGUUGGUGAGAACACAUGGAACCAUCACAGUAGCAGUGCACAAGAUCGUGUCAUGAAGUCUUCUGUUUUUUGCCACUGAUCUGUAACUCUGCAUGUACACAUACUCAUGAUCAUUGUUUUUCUUUGCAAGAAGCCUAUAUACGUGGCUGCUAAUUGUGACAUGUUUGGCUCUACUGUUAACUUUUUUGGGGGGUGGGGACUUUGAGAAAUUUGUCAAUACUUAUUGUAUAUUUAUUUUCUAAUGGUUUGGUUACUCAGCCUUUUCAGUUUUUCUUCAUUCAA